AAUAUUUUUAAUGUAUGUACGUAUGUAAUGUAUAUCAAAGUGCGUAGACAGUGCAUGCCUGUGGGAACAUCAGAAUUCAUUAGAUCAGUCUGAUAUGAGAUAUAUUGAACAAGUUCCAUCUGACAUCUGUUACUGGGUUGUUCUGUCCACUCCCAAAGGAGUGAAUCAUAUUGACAGGUUGAAUUAUAUCUCAAGAGAUAUUUUUCUCCCCUCCUCCAAAGGCCAUUUGCAAUCACGGCACAUCCACUGCCUCUUAAAAGUGAGCUCAUCUGGCACUGGGUUGCAUUGAAGUCCUCCACCGUGCCUGAAGGAAGAAUGCUUUUGGGUGGUGGGAACGUGGAGAAGAUGUGGUCUGUCCAGCUGUCCCUUGGAGUGCUAACCAUCUUGACCAUGACUCUGUACAUCCCAUCUACACAUGGAGAACCUUUUUUACUACAAGAGAACCGAGUGCUUCCGGAGAGAGAAGACACAAAUCACGAGGACACACUGCUGACUCUGCUUCUUAACAAGAAACUUGCAUGGCGGAGACCGGAAAAUAUUGACUGGGAGCUGGCAAAGAAAUUUGAAGAGCUUGAACAGCUGGAGAAGUUGAGGGAUCAGCUCUCAGCUGAGGAAGGGUCAGAGGUGGCCUACGCCUUGGAAAGUCUCUCAGCAUCCCAGCCCAAAAAACGCGCCUGCUUUUGGAAAUACUGCAUCUGAAGGCUUGCCAAAACUGGAAGAUGAAGAUGAGCCCUUCCCCAAAUUGCCUUGCUGGGUAUUAAUGUGUUAAGAGUUUGUUCUGUUCUCUCAUCGUGCUGCUAAUUUGGAUGCCAUCCUCCUGACUGCAUCACAGCCAAGUCUAACAGGGACUGUGACAGGAGUUGGUGGCCCACUACCACUCUCCAACUGUUCCUUCCUUCCAGGUUUAACCUACCAUAAUCUUCUACUUGGAAGCAGCUUCCCAACUUUCCUUGCUGUUCUGUGUUCUGUGUGUGCCAUUCAGUUUGCUGCCACUGUACACUCUUACCCUUCUCACCAGUUCCCCUGAGCUUGGACCAUUGCUCACAUCUGCAGAUGAUGCUCACAGUCAUGUCUGGGUUUCCCAUCACCUCCUACGAGAAGGUCUAUGAUCACCUCACACCCUCUGUUGGGACAGGAAGGUGGACUGGGUGUAAAGUGGAGGGCUCAGGGCUGCCUGCCUCAGCUUGCUGAGCCAGAGCUGUUCCUCGUUGUGUCCCGUCAGCGUACACAGUAAGUUUGGG